CGCGCGCUCCCGCUCGGUGACCGCGGCGGGCCCGGAGCGCACGUGGCGGCGCCAUGGCCCGGCUGCUGCUGCAGGACGGCUCGGUGCUGCCCGGCCGCCUCUUCGGGGCCGUCGGGGCCGCGGCGGGGGAAGUCGUGUUCCAGACGGGCAUGGUGGGGUACCCCGAGGCCCUCACCGACCCCUCCUACAAGGCGCAGAUCCUGGUGCUUACCUACCCGCUGGUCGGUAACUACGGCGUGCCCCGCGACGAGCCCGACGCCUUCGGCCUCAGCAGGUGGUUUGAGUCCAGCAAGAUCCACGUGGCCGCGCUGGUGGUGGGCGAGUGCUCAGAGACCCCCAGCCACUGGAGCGCAUCCCAGUCCCUGGACCAGUGGCUGAAGGAGCAGAACAUCCCCGGGCUGGAAGGGGUGGACACCCGGGCGCUGACCAAGAAGAUCCGCGAGAAGGGGACGCUGCUGGGGAAGCUGGUGCCGGAUGGGACCCCCGAGGACAGCCUCUCCUUUGAGGACCCCAACACCAAGCACCUGGUGCAGGAGGUGUCGCUGAAGGCACCGCGGGUGUUCAACCCGGGCGGGUCCCUGCGUGUCACGGCCCUCGACUGCGGCCUGAAGAACAACCAGAUACGGUGUCUGUGCAGGCGGGGGGCUGCUGUCACUGUGGUGCCCUGGGACCACCCGCUGGACCCUGCAGAUUUUGACGGGCUGUUCAUCAGCAAUGGCCCUGGGGACCCACUGCUCUGCCAGGAGACGGUGUCCAACCUGUGCCAGCUGCUGGACGCACCCCAGCCCAAGCCCAUUUUUGGCAUCUGCCUGGGCCACCAGCUGCUCGCCCUGGCCCUCGGCGCCCGUACCUACAAGAUGAAGUACGGGAACCGGGGGCACAACCAGCCGUGCCUGCACGAGGACACGCGGCGCUGCUUCAUCACGGCGCAGAACCACGGCUUCGCGGUGCAGGCGGGCAGCCUCGCGCCCGGCUGGCUGCCGCUCUUCACCAACGCCAACGACGGCUCCAACGAGGGCCUCGUCCACCAGCACAAGCCCUUCUUCAGUGUGCAGUUCCACCCCGAGCACUGCGCCGGCCCCACGGACCUGGAGGGUCUCUUUGAUGUUUUCGUGGAGGUGGCACGGGACCUGCGGGAUGGGCACGGCAGCGCCCAGACAGCGUGCCGCAUCCCCCCAGUGCGGGAGCGCCUGCAGCAGUGGCUGACCUACAGCAAGGCGCCAGCGGGGGACGUGGAUGCAGCCCGGCCCCGCAAGGUGCUGAUCCUGGGCUCCGGUGGCCUUUCCAUUGGGCAGGCAGGCGAGUUCGAUUACUCGGGGUCACAGGCCAUCAAAGCGCUGAAGGAGGAGAACAUCCAGACGGUGCUGAUCAACCCCAACAUCGCUACAGUGCAGACCUCCAAGGGACUGGCAGACAAGGUGUACUUCCUGCCCAUCACCCCUGAGUACGUCACCCAGGUGAUCCGGAACGAGCGGCCUGAUGGGGUGCUGCUGACCUUCGGGGGACAGACAGCCCUCAACUGCGGCGUGGAGCUGACCAAGGCGGGGGUUCUGGAGCGCUACCGCGUGCGCGUGCUGGGCACCCCCGUUGCCUCCAUCGAGAUGACGGAGGAUCGCAAGGUCUUCGCCGAGAAGAUGGAGGAGAUCGGGGAGCACGUGGCGCCCAGCGAGGCUGCUGCCUCCCUGGAGCAGGCGCAGGCUGCAGCUGAGCGCUUGGGGUACCCGGUGCUGGUGCGCUCUGCCUAUGCCCUGGGCGGGCUGGGCUCCGGCUUCGCCAACAGCCGCGAGGAGCUGGUGGCUCUGGUGAGCCAGGCCUUCACCCACACCUCCCAGGUGCUGGUGGACAAGUCCCUGAAAGGCUGGAAGGAGAUUGAGUACGAGGUGGUGCGGGAUGCCUACAACAACUGCAUCACGGUGUGCAACAUGGAGAACCUGGACCCGCUGGGGAUCCACACGGGCGAGUCCAUUGUGGUGGCACCCAGCCAGACCCUCAAUGACACCGAGUACUUCAUGCUGAGGCGCACAGCCAUCAAGGUGGUGCAGCACCUGGGCAUCGUGGGCGAGUGCAACAUCCAGUUUGCCCUCAACCCCGAGUCAGAGCAGUACUACAUCAUCGAGAUGAACGCCCGGCUCUCCCGCAGCUCGGCCCUGGCCAGCAAGGCCACUGGCUACCCGCUGGCCUAUGUGGCUGCCAAACUUGCCUUGGGCAUCCCCCUGCCCCUCCUCAGGAACUCCGUCACCAACUCCACCACAGCCAGCUUUGAGCCCAGCCUGGACUACUGCGUGGUGAAGAUCCCGCGCUGGGACCUCAGCAAGUUCCUGCGCGUCAGCACCAAGAUUGGCAGCUCCAUGAAGAGCGUGGGGGAGGUGAUGGCCAUUGGGAGGAACUUUGAGGAGGCGUUCCAGAAGGCUCUGAGGAUGGUGGACGAGAACUGUGUGGGCUUUGAUCACACGGUGAAGCCGGUCUCAGACAUGGAGCUGGAGACGCCCACGGACAAGCGGAUCUUCGUGCUGGCGGCGGCGCUGCGGGCCGGCUACUCCAUCGAGCGGCUCUACGAGCUGACCAAGAUUGACCGCUGGUUCCUGCACAAGAUGAAGAACAUCACGGACCACGCGGUGCUGCUGGAGUCGUACCGCGGCCAGCAGGGCACCAUGCCACCUGCCGUGCUCAAGCGUGCCAAGCAGCUUGGCUUCUCCGACAAGCAGGUGGCCCAGGCCGUGCUCAGCACCGAGCUGGCCGUGCGGAAGAUGCGGCGCGACCUGAAGAUCCUGCCAGUGGUGAAGCAGAUCGACACGGUGGCAGCAGAGUGGCCAGCCCAAACCAACUACCUGUACCUGACCUACAACGGCUCCGAGCACGACCUGGCCUUCCGCGAGCCCCACGUCAUGGUCAUCGGCUCCGGCGUCUACCGCAUCGGCAGCAGCGUCGAGUUUGACUGGUGUGCUGUGGGCUGCAUCCAGGAGCUCCGCAAGAUGGGCUUCAAGACAAUCAUGGUGAACUACAACCCCGAGACAGUGAGCACUGAUUAUGACAUGUGUGAUCGCCUCUACUUCGACGAGAUUUCCUUUGAGGUGGUGAUGGACAUCUACGAGCUGGAGAACCCUGAGGGUGUGAUCCUGUCCAUGGGCGGGCAGCUGCCCAACAACAUCGCCAUGGCCCUGCACCGGCAGCAGUGCCGCAUCCUGGGCACCUCCCCGGAGGCCAUCGACUCCGCCGAGAACCGCUUCAAGUUCUCCCGCCUGCUCGACUCCAUCGGCAUCAGCCAGCCCCUCUGGAAGGAGCUCUCCAACAUGGAGUCAGCCAAGCACUUCUGCUGCAAGGUGGGCUACCCCUGUGUCGUGCGCCCGUCCUACGUGCUCAGCGGGGCUGCCAUGAACGUGGCCUACUCGGACAGCGACCUGGAGAAGUUCCUGAGCAACGCUGUGGCCGUGUCCAAGGAGCAGCCUGUUGUCAUCUCCAAGUUCAUCCAGGAGGCCAAGGAGAUCGACGUGGACGCGGUGGCCUGUGACGGGGUGGUGGUGGCCAUCGCCAUCUCGGAGCACGUGGAGAACGCUGGGGUGCACUCGGGUGACGCCACGCUGGUGACCCCCCCGCAGGACAUCACCCCCAAGACACUGGAGCGCAUCAAGGCCAUCGUCCACGCCAUUGGGCAGGAGCUGCAGGUCACAGGGCCCUUCAACCUGCAGCUCAUCGCCAAGGAUGACCAGCUGAAGGUCAUAGAGUGCAAUGUUCGUGUCUCCCGCUCCUUCCCCUUCGUCUCCAAGACCCUGGGCGUGGACUUGGUGGCUCUGGCCAGCCAGGUGAUCAUGGGUGAGGAUGUGGAGCCCGUGGGGCUGAUGACAGGCACAGGCAUCGUUGGUGUCAAGGUGCCCCAGUUCUCCUUCUCACGCCUGGCGGGCGCUGACGUGGUGCUGGGCGUGGAGAUGACCAGCACGGGCGAGGUCGCCUGCUUUGGGGAGAACCGCUGCGAGGCGUACCUGAAGGCCAUGCUCAGCACCGGCUUCAAGAUCCCCAAGAAGAACAUUCUGCUGACCAUCGGCAGCUACAAGAACAAGAGUGAGCUGCUGCCCACGGUGCGCACGCUGGAGAGCCUCGGCUACAACCUGUAUGCCAGCCUUGGCACCGCCGACUUCUACACCGAGCACGGCAUCAAGGUGAAGGCUGUGGACUGGCACUUCGAGGAGGCAGACAGCAGCGAGGCUGGUGCCCGGGAGACCCAGCGCAGCAUCCUGGACUACCUGGCCGAGAACCACUUUGAGAUGGUCAUCAACCUCUCCAUGCGCAACUCGGGGGGCCGCCGGCUGUCCUCCUUUGUCACCAAGGGCUACCGCACCCGGCGCCUGGCUGUCGACUACUCCGUGCCCCUCAUCAUCGACAUCAAGUGCACAAAGCUCUUCGUAGAGGCACUGGGCCAGAUUGGGGCAGCCCCCCCACUGAAGAUGCACGUGGACUGCAUGACGUCCCAGAAGCUCAUCCGUCUGCCAGGCCUGAUCGAUGUCCAUGUCCACCUCCGUGAGCCGGGUGGCACCCACAAGGAGGACUUUGCAUCAGGCACAGCAGCCGCCCUGGCCGGGGGUGUCACUAUGGUGUGUGCCAUGCCCAACACCAGCCCUGCUGUCACCGAUGCCACCUCGUUCGCCUUGGCACAGAAGCUGGCUGAGGCUGGGGCCCGCUGCGAUUUUGCUCUCUUCCUGGGAGCUUCCUUGGACAAUGCUGGCACGCUGGGCCCCCUGGCUGGGGCAGCCGCCGGGCUCAAGAUGUACCUGAACGACACCUUCUCCAGCCUGCGGAUGGACAACGUGUUGCUGUGGAUGGAGCACCUGGAGCAGUGGCCGCGGCACCUGCCCAUCGUGGCACACGCGGAGCGGCAGACGGUGGCCGCCGUGCUGAUGGUGGCCCAGCUGUACCAGCGCCCUGUCCACAUCUGCCACGUGGCCCGCCGGGAGGAGAUCCUGCUCAUCAAGGUGGCCAAGCAGAGGGGCAUCCCGGUGACGUGCGAGGUGGCCCCGCACCACCUCUUCCUGAGCCAGGACGACCUGGGGCGCCUGGGCAAGGGCCGUGCGGCCGUGCGGCCGGAGCUGGGCACCCGCCAGGACGUGGAGGUGCUCUGGGAGAACAUGGACAUCAUCGACUGCUUUGCCACUGACCACGCUCCCCACACGCUGGAGGAGAAGCAGGGGCAGGAGCCUCCCCCUGGGUACCCUGGCCUGGAGACCAUGCUGCCACUGCUGCUGACGGCCGUCUCCGAGGGGAGGCUCAGCGUGGAGGACAUCGUCCAGCGCCUCUAUGAGAACCCUCGCAAGAUCUUUGGGCUCCCAGCGCAGGAGGACACCUAUGUGGAGGUGGACCUGGAGCAGGAAUGGAUCAUCCCCAGCAGCACAGUCUUCUCCAAGGCCCGUUGGACCCCCUUUGAGGGCAUGCAGGUCAAGGGCACAGUGCGGAGGGUAGUCCUGCGUGGGGAGGUUGCCUACAUCGAUGGGCAGGUGCUGGUGCCCCCUGGCUAUGGGCAGGACGUGAGGAAGUGGACCUCAGGAGCUGCACUGCUGCCACACGCUGCCCCCACCAAGGAGAGCGUGAAGAGCCCUGAGCAGCCCCGGCGCGUGGCCGGUGACGUGCUGCGUGGGCGAGCCCCCAGCCCGCGCCGGCCCGGCCCCGCGGGUGACGCACGCUUCCACCUCCCGCCCCGCAUCCACCGCGCCUCGGACCCCGAGCUGCCAGCAUUCCGGAGGCUGGGAGCCGCGCACCGCCCGGGCGCCCGAGGCACCGCUGAGGACACUCGUGAGAAGGGCAGCAGGAAGGCAGCGGAACCAGAUUCGGCGGUGGUCCAGGACAGCCACUUCCACCCGCUGGGCCCCGUCCCGCGCCAGACGUCCCCUCAGCGUGCCCCCCACUUCCAGACCUCCCCGCUGCUGCACCCCCUGGUCGGGCAGCACGUCCUCUCUGUGCGGCAGUUCUCCAAGGAGCAGCUGUCCCACCUGUUCAACGUGGCGCACACCCUGCGCAUGCUGGUGCAGAAGGAGCGGAGCCUGGACAUCCUCAAGGGGAAGGUGAUGGCCAGCAUGUUCUACGAGGUGAGCACGCGGACCAGCAGCUCCUUCGCGGCAGCCAUGAGCCGGCUGGGCGGCUCCGUGCUCUCCUUCUCGGAGGCCACCUCCUCGGUGCAGAAGGGCGAGUCGCUGGCUGACUCCGUGCAGACCAUGUGCUGCUACGCCGACGUGCUGGUGCUGCGGCACCCCCAGCCCGGCGCUGUCGAGCUGGCCGCCAGGCACUGCCGCAAGCCGGUGAUCAACGCCGGGGACGGGGUGGGCGAGCACCCCACGCAGGCGCUGCUGGACAUCUUCACCAUCCGCGAGGAGCUGGGAACAGUCAACGGCAUGACGAUCACCAUGGUGGGUGACCUGAAGCACGGGCGCACGGUGCACUCCCUGGCCCGGCUGCUCACCCAGUACCGCGUCAACCUGCGCUACGUCACCCCGCCCGGGCUGCGCAUGCCCCCCGACAUCACCAGCUUCGUGGCCUCCAGGGGCAUCCAGCAGGAGGAGUUUGGGAGCAUCGAGGAGGCGCUGCCGGACACGGACGUGCUGUACAUGACCCGCAUCCAGAAGGAGCGCUUCCAGCGGGCCGAGGAGUACGAGGCUUGCUUCGGGCAGUUCAUCCUCACACCCCACAUCAUGACCCGCGCCAAGGAGAGGAUGGUGGUGAUGCACCCCCUGCCCCGUGUCAACGAGAUCAGCGUGGAGGUGGACUCGGACCCGCGCGCCGCGUACUUCCGGCAGGCGGAGAACGGCAUGUACAUGCGCAUGGCGCUGCUGGCCACGGUGCUGGGCCGCUACUGACCAAUAAACGCUGCCGGUCGCCA